GCUACAACACAUUGGUGUGAAUGAACAGCGCGCUCUGGCAAUGGACGGCAAAGCUGUGAAGGCCAUAUUGUUCGACUUGGACAACACGCUCAUUGAAACAAGUCGGGCAGGUGGAAUAGCGAUAACAAAGACCAGUGAACUUUUGAAGACGACACUGGCCCUCGACGACAACACCGUCGGCAGUAUUUGUGACAAGUUCAAGCAGAAGCUUUUCCAAGAGAGCUUCGACCCCUCCGCCGGCAGAACCAUCGACGACGUCCGUGUGGGUCACUGGGAGGAGAGCAUCCAGGAGGCCGUGGGCGGCUGUUCGCCACCCUCGCUGGCAGCUCAGUGCUACUACCUGUGGAAAAACAGUCGCCUGGAGGUUCUCAGUCUGUCCACGGAAAUUUGUGACCUCCUGAGACAACUGCGCGGCAGAUACAAGCUGCUGCUGCUGACCAACGGCGAGGCUCAGACUCAAAGAGAGAAAGUGAAGGCAGUCGGGUGCGAGGACUUCUUCGACACCAUCGUGGUCGGGGGAGAACACGCGGAGCAGAAACCGUUCCCCUCCAUCUUCACGUUGUGUUUCGACAUGCUGGAGGUGGAGGCCCAGGACUGUAUUAUAGUAGGAGACUCUCUGGACACCGAUAUUCAGGGGGGCUUUGAUGCCAAACUACGGGCUACGGUUUGGAUCAGCAGUGCGGGAGGUGCUCUACCAGAUGGUUCAGUGACUCCAGACUACACGGUCCCUACUGUGCUGGACCUGCCGCAUAUUCUGCAACAACUCAAAUAAGGACAGGUGGGGAUUCAAACCAUGUGUGAAGCAAGAGAAUGGGGAGGACCGUCUCUUCAAGUGGGAAUUUAUAGUCAUAGAAAUAUUAAAAGAUGAACGUCAUGAUCAAUUUCCUGACUUUCAACUAGGGUACUUUUUCUUCUUUUUUUACUUUUGUGCAUUCUGCUAGGAAUCUUACACACCAUCUUUACAUAAGUCUCAUAAUUGUACUAGAGUACUUUUAUUCUACUCCACUACAUUUCAGAAGCAUUUGUCUGUCAGCUAUGGUUACUAUUAGGGCGAAUCAAUAUGGCCAAAAUCUUCUAUUCCGAUUUAAGUCAUUUCAUAUCUCAAUA